CGUGGACGAGGGAGGCGUGCCCGGGAGGGAGCCGCACUGGGACCUGAAGAGUGAGGGAAAGGGGCCGGAGGGUGACCUGGAGGAGGGCUCUGAAGUGCAGUCAGGUCGACUCUUCAGCUCCACCUCGGAGCUCCGUGCAGCCGCUGCCGGGGGAGUUCAGCGCGGCCGCCGAGCUCCGCUGCCUAAUUGCAGCGGGGCUGGUUUGGGGGCUGGGAAUUGGCCAUUCCGCUGAACACAGAUUGUAUUUUUAUUUUUUUAAAGCAAGAUUUUAGGUGAUGGGCAAAUCAGAAAGUCAGAUGGAUAUAACUGAUAUCAACACUCCAAAGCCAAAGAAGAAACAGCGAUGGACCUCCCUGGAGAUCAGCCUCUCGGUCCUCGUCUUGCUCCUCACCAUCAUCGCUGUGACCAUGAUAGCCCUCUAUGCAACCUACGAUGAUGGUAUUUGCAAGUCAUCAGAUUGCAUAAAAUCAGCUGCUCGACUUAUCCAGAACAUGGAUACCACCGCUGAGCCUUGUUCGGACUUCUUCAAGUACGCCUGUGGAGGCUGGUUGAAACGCAACGUCAUUCCUGAGACCAGCUCCCGUUACAGUAACUUUGACAUUUUAAGAGAUGAACUAGAAGUCAUUUUGAAAGAUGUCCUUCAGGAGCCCAAACCUAAAGAUAUAGUAGCAGUACAGAAAGCAAAAACAUUGUACAGAUCUUGUAUAAAUGAAUCUGUCAUUGAUAGCAGAGGUGGAGUACCUCUACUCAAUGUGUUACCAGAAAUAUACGAAUGGCCAGUAGCCACAGAGAACUGGGAGCAAACAUAUGGUACUUCUUGGACAGCUGAGAAAUCUAUUGCACAACUGAAUUCUAAAUAUGCAAAAAAAGUCAUUAUUAAUUUUUUUAUUGGCACUGAUGAUAAAAACUCUACGAACCAUAUCAUUCAUAUUGACCAACCUCGACUUGGCCUCCCCUCCAGAGACUAUUAUGCAUGCACUGGAAUAUAUAAAGAGGCUUGCACGGCGUAUGUGGACUUCAUGAUUUCUGUGGCCAAAUUGAUGCGUCAGGAAAGAGGACUGCCCAUAGAUGAAAACCAGAUUACUCUGGAAAUGAAUAAAAUUAUGGAAUUGGAAAAAGAAAUUGCCAAUGCUACAGCUAAACCUGAAGAUCGAAAUGAUCCAAUGCUUCUUUAUAACAAAAUGAAAUUAGCCCAGAUCCAAAAUAACUUUCCACUAGAGAUCAAUGGGACGUCAUUCAACUGGUCAAAUUUCACAAAUGAAAUUAUGUCAACCGUGGAUAUUAACAUUACAAAUGAGGAAGAUGUGAUUGUUUAUGCUCCAGAAUACUUAACCAAACUUAAGCUCAUUCUUACCAAAUAUUCUGCCAGAGAUCUUCAAAAUUUUAUGUCCUGGCGGUUCAUAAUGGAUCUUGUAAGCAGCCUCAGCAGAACCUACAAGGAGUCCAGAAAUGCUUUUCGCAAGGCCCUUUAUGGCACAACAUCAGAAACGGCCACGUGGAGACGCUGUGUAAACUAUGUCAAUGGGAACAUGGACAAUGCUGUGGGAAGGCUUUAUGUAGAAGCAGCAUUUGCCGGAGAGAGUAAACAUGUGGUUGAGGAUUUGAUUGCGCAGAUCCGGGAAGUUUUCAUUCAGACUUUAGAUGACCUCACUUGGAUGGAUGCCGAAACAAAAAAGAGAGCGGAAGAAAAGGCCUUAGCAAUUAAAGAAAGAAUCGGCUAUCCUGAUGACCUUAUCUCAGAUGAUAACAAACUGAAUAAAGACUAUGAGGAGUUGAACUACAAGGAAGAUGAAUACUUUGAGAACAUAAUUCAAGGUUUGAAGUUGGGCCAAAAUAGACAACUAAAGAGGCUUCGAGAAAAGGUGGACAAGGAUGAGUGGAUAAGCGGAGCCGCUGUGGUCAAUGCAUUUUAUUCUUCAGCCAGAAAUCAGAUAGUCUUCCCGGCUGGCAUCCUUCAGCCCCCCUUCUUCAGCGCCCGGCAGCCUAACUCACUGAACUACGGGGGCAUCGGCAUGGUCAUAGGACACGAAAUUACCCACGGCUUCGAUGACAAUGGCAGAAAUUUUAACAAGGAUGGAGACCUCAUUGACUGGUGGACACAACAGUCUGCAAAUAAUUUCAAAGAGCAAUCCCAGUGCAUGGUGGAACAGUACGGAAACUUCUCCUGGGACCUAGCCGGUGGACAGCAUAUCAAUGGAAUUAAUACACUGGGAGAAAACAUCGCUGAUAAUGGAGGUAUUGGCCAAGCAUACAGAGCCUAUCAAAAUUAUGUUAAAAAGAAUGGCGAAGAAAAAUUACUUCCUGGACUUGACCUAAAUCACAAACAACUAUUCUUCUUGAACUUUGCUCAGGUGUGGUGUGGGACCUACAGGCCAGAGUAUGCAGUCAACUCCAUUAAAACAGAUGCCCACAGCCCAGGCAAUUUCAGGAUUAUUGGGACUUUGCAGAACUCCGCUGAGUUUUCAGAAGCCUUUCAUUGCCUCAAGAAUUCAUACAUGAAUCCAAGAAGAAAGUGCCGGGUCUGGUGAUCUUCAGAAGAAGCCUGUGGCCCGUGGCUAGACUCGUCAACACCGGGGAAAUGGGGAACGUCGUCCAAGAGACAGGGCCACGGACUCACUGUUCUUACACAGGGAGACUCACAGAGAUGAGUGCAUCAUAGUCAAAAGGAGGUUAAGCUAUCCUGGAAAAGGUGUGGAGGGAGGAGGACUCUAACGUCUGUCAAACCCAUCAGUUCUCACUGUGUAAAUACUGCUUAAUCUCAAGAUAGUAUUAAAUUCACUUCUGUUUCUCAUACGAUCUGGCAGGUUGAUGUCUCUUGAAAACGGUGUUAACCAUUUAGAGCAGAUUUCCAAUCAAAGGGAGGAAGAAGAAGUUGAAGAAUGUGCUUGGCACCAAAAGCACAUCAGUGAUGUGGGUGUUAAAAACAUAUGCUGAAAUCUUAUUUGUACUUUUAUUUGCGACCUUUAUGCUCCUUCAGAUCUCUUCCAAAGAAUUCUUACACAUACUGGGGCCUUGGGAUUUAAGUAGUUUUAACUCACUUUUCCAGUCAUCAGUUACACAUUCUGAGAUCAUUUUAUUUGAAGCACUUAGGGCUAAAUGAAUGUCUAAAACUGUGUUCUGUUGUACCUGUUUUGACUGAUAUCAGUAUCCUUGAGGCUCCCUGCAAUUUUCUAAGCAAUUUCUUGUUCUCUCUUUCUUUCUCAAAACUUGGUCUUUUUAAGAUAUUUGUAGCACUGUAUAAAUAAUAAUUUUUAUAUUUAAUUGUUAACUACAUUUAUGACUAAGUAAUUGUUAUUAUAGGUAAUCAUUGAAUAUUGACAUUUCUGACUGAGAUAAAUAGUUAUGAACCAAGAUCUGUAAAGAGAUGUACAGAUGAACAUUUGAGAUUUUUUUAAACUUAUAAAUCAUAUUGAUGAAAAGCUUUAAGUACAAACUUUGGCUUAAACAUUGCCAUUGGACAGUUGUCUGAAGAUACAUAAGACUUGUGAUUUACAAGCAGGAUUUUCACCGUUCAAUCUGUCCCUAAGGUGGCUAGCAUAAAAGGGCAAACCUGCAUCUAUGUAGCUCUGCUUCUCCUCAUCUUUUCAGAUUUGUUACCUGAUGGCAAUAUUUUGAUAAUAAAUUGAAAUUGUGAGCCCAUGACUCACUGAGGUUUCUGUGUCUGCUGUCUAGCUAUGGAAUGUACUUUUUUUAAUAGAGUUCAGGGAGGGGACUGUUUAGUCUCUGAUAGGAACUUGUCUUCUGAGGCUUUUACGUUCUUCUCUGUUCCCGUCCUAUUCACUACUUUAGUUCAUUUCAUUACUUGAUUAAUAUUUUACACAAGAGGGAGGUGUACGUCCAAAAUCUUUAUUUUUCUUAACAAAACAUGAAAGUGAGGACUUCAUGUCUUUCCUGCUUGCUGGCUUUCCUGCUUCUUGAAAAAUGCCCAUUUACCUUUUUUAAAACUGUUAUCGAACUACAACAUAUACACAAACAUUUCAUAAAGCUUACAUGUACAACUCAAUGAACUUUCUCCAACUGAACACUGGCCUGUAACCAGUGCCUGUAAGAAAUGACAUAGUGUCAGCUACUGAGAAACUCCUUCUCCCAACCAACAUGUCACUCCGCCAAGGGCAACUACCACCCUGAUUUCUAAAAUCACACAUUAGUUUUGCCUGUUUUCGCCUUCUAUGUAAAUAGAAUCAAUCAUCUUUGUGUCUGGCUUCUCUCAUUCAGCAUUAUAUUUGUGAGAUUCAGCUAUAUUUUUGCAUUUGAUUGGGGAUCCUUCAUUCUCAUUGCUGAAUGACAUUCUAGUGUGUGACUAUACUAAAUUCAUCCAUUCCAUUGUUGAUAGGCACCUGAGAAGGUUCCAGUUCAACUGUUUUGAACAUGCUUGCAUAUUACCAUCCCUUUUUACCUGAGAUUUUAAUGGACUCAUUUCCAUAAGUCCUUCCUAAAGUUCUUAUGACUAUUGAACAUAUAGUUUCAAACUAACGGUGGAGAUUCUUUUCUCUUUUAUCACUACCACCAUUAUUGUGGAUAAUUGAAAAUAUACUUAUGUGAAUAUUUUCUUAAGCUGAAAACAUUUGUAAAUAAUAUUAGUAGUUGGAGCGAUAGGAGCAUCCAGCUCUGAAGAGGACAGCUAUCUUGGAAUCAUUUAUUUCUACCCUGUUAGAGCAGCAGCUGAAGAACCGGAAAUCAAGAGUGAUUAGUACAAAUAAUAAAAAGACACUAGGCUUGCCACCACUAGCCCUUAAAAACGUAGCCUCUGUCUUUACAAAGGGAUUUGAAUGAAUUUUUUGGGGAAAAGAAAACCUCUCCAUUCCCUGGAUCUCCUCUCUCCAGAAAUAUCAGAUUCUGAGGCCAGGGGACAGACCAAAUUCAGAAGACCAAUCCCUCCCCAUCAGCUACACGUAGAAAGGACAUCAAUACCUGUACACGGCACUGUUGCUGAGUUGUUUGGAGACCUGUGGUCUCAGCCUCUUCCAAUCAUCUCGAGUUGUUCCAUCAGCUAAGACCCAUCUAUCACCUCACAUGUAAAUCCAAUUUAUCAUGGCUCACUCUUGGUCAAAGAAAGAGUCUAACAGCUGAGACACUCAGGGCUGGUGGCCUAUGUGGUUCAGGGAUGAGGACAGGAAGUUCUCAGGAACAACAGUAAGGGGUCUGCCUCCACACUACAAUGCCCACGUGGAUUUCUUUCUUGUUCUAGUCAUAGUCUGUCACAAAUGACAAGGUAACCAUGGGCAUUAAUUAGAUCUGUUUUCUUGUGCCUUUGCUUUUUUCUACCUGAAAAAGAGAGAGAGAAUUAGAUUCUCAGCAUUUCCCAGCAAGAGAAGGAGAAUGCAUUCUAUACUGUCUUACCAAUAAUCUGUCCCCCACUUAAGAACCAUUGGGUGAAAUA